AGUUAACUUUCGAUUUGUGUCGGAGCUAGCGUAACUUCAUGUGAUAUCAAAAUGCAGGUAUGGCAAACAAGUUGUUGCCGAUGAGUUAAACUCCCUUUAUGGGGAAUCCCGUGCUGGAGGCUUUGGUUCUGAGGUGAAAAUGAGAAUCCUAAUAUGAUGCAUACUACAAGCGAGCUCAGCAGGUAAGGACUUUGGUAAGGGAAAGCUUCAGGGCAGCAUUAGAGGAGAAUGAUAUUUUGAUUUCACCUGCUGCACCAUCAGCGGCAUACAAAAUUGGUGAAAAGAAGAACGAUCCAUUGUCAAUGUAUGCUGGUGAUAUCAUGACUGUCAAUGUCAACUUGGCUGGUCUUCCAGCAUUAGUUCUCCCGUGUGGAUUUGUUGAUAGCAGCUCUGCGGCCCUUCCUGUUGGUAUUCAGAUGAUUGGUGCUGCAUUUGAAGAGGGAAGAGAUCUUAGUCCUGUAACUGAUAAACUCUGGAAGAGAUUUUACAAGAUUCAGUUUGGUGAAAAAAGCAUAAAUCAGGUUGUCCAAGACAUGAAGCUAAGGAAUGGAACAUUCAAAUGGAAACAAUUGUAUGAGGCAAAGUUAGAGGAACUGGAAGAAACUCAACAGAAGUUAUUCAAAAGAAUUGGGCAGUACUUAUACCUAAAGGAAGAUGGUACUGCAAGAUUGCAAUAUCAGAAGAAUUUUGGGAAAAGAAAUCACAAGAAGAAAACAGAGGUGAAGCUCGGAACUGGACAGUUGUCAGUGUGUCGACGCCCUUCCUCAUUGCUGCAGCACCAAGAAAUCAACUAAGAAUAGGUAGUGUAGAUAUUGGGAAGAGGAGAUGGAGAGAGCAAUGACAAGACAAAACUAGUGGCAAAAACGGAGUCAGGAUUUGAAGUUUAUGAGUUCUGUCGUUGCCACCUAACCCAUUAUUCAUUUAGUUACUACUAAGUUUGCGAUUAAAUAUUUAUACAUAUUUAGUGAAUUUCAUAAUACAAAUACAGGGUUUAAACAAAAGCUACUGGAUUCGUCCGAACCGGUACCUAAUAUUAUAGCUUUGCCUUGACUAGUGGUUGAAGAAACCUUUAUUCAAAAAACUAUUGGACUGUAAAAUUGUGGUGCAAGAGUACUAGUAACAUUUUAAAACUUUGCACAUGGUUAGUUCUAACCUGUAUACUUUGGUUACCUCUUUUCAAGAUUCUUGAGAUAGGAUUUAUUUUCAGGGGGUCUCAUGCUUAAUCAAAUAUGUAAAGAUCAAGUCUGAAAAUCAAGAAAAGAGAACUGAAAUCAACUCAGUCUUUGAGCUUCGAGUUUGUCCAUGAUUUCCACAAGUAGAGAUGGCAAUGGGACAGGGCAGUUGCUGUAAGAGAAGGACCGUGAAAUAAGAGAAUUUUUCGCUGAUUGUAUCCAUCAUUCAAAUGUCUAUAUGUACAAGUAAAUUGCUACAAAAGAAAAUGUAAAAGAAAAUCCUAUUUACACUUGUACUAUUCCUAUUCAUUAUGUUGUUCCUG